ACUAUGUAUAUUUAAUGUAGGAGCAUGCAUUUGGAAAUAUUAUCAGUGUUACUACUACUGAAAACUGUGGAAAUUCUAUGUUAUGAUGUUUUGUCUCACAAAAAACCGGCUUUUCAAAGUGCAACAUUAUCUUGGAUUGGUUCUGAGGCAAAUAGUGCUGUUGAUGGGAAUCUUGCUACGUGUGCAAGGACUGAUGUAAUUGGUUCUAAUAGUCAACAGGAUAGAACUUGGUGGUACGUGGAUCUGGGUGAUAUCUACAGUGUAUACAACAUACGGAUACACUUUGAGGACAUAGGGAAAGCAUAUAUCCUGAGACAAAGAGGAAGAUUUGCUGGAUUUUCUCUUUAUCUCUCAAGUUCUACUAUAAAAGAAAACGGAUAUAUGUGCUACAAAGACGGACCAGAGUUACCUCCCUUAAAUUUCACGACAAACUGUACAGGAUAUGGUAGAUAUGUCAUAUACUACAAUGAAAGAUUGAAUGGAGUAAAGUAUCCAGCGGGAUAUGAAUCUAUGUCUUACACUCAGUUGUGUGAAGUGGUAGUGAAAGGAUGCUCUAGAGGAAAAUUUGGGAUAAACUGUACUAUGAAUUGUCCUACUAAUUGUUGUGGAGGAAAAUGUGAUAUAAUCAAUGGUAAAUGUAUGGAAUGCAAACCGGGAUGGGAGGGAGAAAAGUGUCAAACAUUUUGCCUUAAAGGAUCUUACGGUCAGGACUGUAAAUUUCGAUGUUCAGGACAUUGCAGAGAUGGAACUUCGUGUGACCAUGUGACGGGUGAAUGUGCCGAAGGAUGUGUGUCGGGAUGGACUGGAUCGAUCUGUAAUAAAACUUGUGACAAUGGUCAUUAUGGUAUAAAUUGUUCUUCCACGUGCAGUGGACAUUGUUUAUAUGACAAAGCUUGUAACAAGGAAACUGGUUACUGUGAAUCGGGAUGUAGUGAUGGAUAUACUGGAAAUUUAUGUCAGAAUGAAUGUACACCUGGGUGGUUUGGACAUGACUGUACAAAGCGUUGUAGUGGACACUGUGCUAAUAAGGCUGUUUGCAAUCACAUGAUGGAAUUUGUCCUCAUGGAUGUGAAGACGGUUAUAUCGGACAAAAUUGUUCCACACCAUGUCCUCUCAAACACUACGGUAGAAAUUGUUCCAAUUUAUAUUCUUCUAAAUGCACGGGUACAUGCAGACAAACUGAUGGUUCUUGUACAUGCAGUCCUGGUUGGAUGGGUUCCCCAAUUUGCAACACAAAAUGUCUUCCUCAUACAUAUGGAGAAAACUGUGCUCACAUUUGCAGCCCACAUUGUGCAAAUAUCACUUGUGACAGAUUCAGUGGAAGUUGCCUGGCAGGAUGCAAGGAACAAUUUUAUGGAGACAGAUGUAACCUAGGUCAAAUUAAACUGGGAACUGAAAAUUUAGCAUCAUACUGUGACUCAUUGACAUGGAUUGUAAUGUUUGUAAUAUCUGUCACGCUAAAU